AGUAGCAAUUUUUUUUAUUCUUUUUGCACUCUAUAUUGUACAGUUUAUAUUUCUGUUAUUCACGUCUAUUCUAAAGUUAAGUACCACAGACUUUUUAUCUAGACUUUUAACAGAUCUGUUUCAAUUUUCAUACAAUCUCGGAGUAUACGAAAUAUUAGUUUUAUUCCUAUUCACCCAUUUUAUCGAAACAAGAGGGCUCAAUUCUUUUCAUUUGAAAGAUAUUCUAUUCUUGCGGAACACUUGAACAUAUUUCCAUAUUAAUUAUACCAUAAACCCUAUUAUAAUGAGCACAACACACCGUCCGUUCUCAUUGGUACAUGGCUCCAUUGAGCACACACUUCUUGUCCCAACCGGAGUUUUCUUCAAGUUUUCUCAACUUCAAGAUCAAUUCGCUAAGACUCUUCCUGAGCCAACUGAAGGUUUCGCCGGCGACAAUGAGCCUUCAUCUCCAGCUGAAUUAUUGGCUCAAUUUCUUGGGUACGUGGCUACUCUUGUCGACCCAUCUCAAGAAGGUCAAUUUGAUGAAGUUCUUAAACUUACUCUCCAUGAGUUUGAGUCUAGAUUCCUUUCCACUCUUGAUGUCCACUCCUUUGCCGUCACCCUCUUAAAGGAUGAAGAAACCUACCCUACCACUCUUGCCAAGGUCAAGGAAGUGGUCAAGUACUAUAUUCAAGCCUUGAUUAACUCUAACUCCGAAAUUAAGAAGACUGAAUCUGCUCUUUUGAGUAAGGCUCAUUCCAUCACCUCCAAGACUGGAUCUGCCAAAAUUGUGGCCAUUUUUGGUGGUCAAGGUAACACCGAUGACUAUUUCGAAGAAUUGAGAGAUUUACAUCAAACUUAUGAUGGUUUGGUCUCUGAUCUCAUUCUUAAGUUAGCCAACAAGUUGAAUGAAUUGGUCAAAACCACUGAAAACACUGACAAGAUCUAUACCCAAGGUUUCAACAUUUUGGAAUGGUUGUCUAGCACUGAAAAGACCCCAUCUCAAGAUUAUUUAUUAUCUGUCCCAGUUUCAUGUCCAUUGAUCUGUGUAAUUCAAUUGUGUCACUAUGCCAUCACCUGUAAGAUCUUGGGUUUGACUCCUGGUGAAUUCAGAAACUACCUUACUGGAACCACUGGUCACUCUCAAGGUUUGGUUACCUCCAUUGCUAUUGCUUCUUCUGACUCUUGGGACUCAUUCUUGGAAAACUCCUUGAAGGCUAUUUCUUUGUUAUUUUACAUUGGUUCCAGAUGUCUCCAAACUUACCCAAGAACCACAUUGCCACCAACCAUGUUGCAAGAUUCCUUGGCUAACGGUGAAGGUAGACCAUCUCCUAUGUUGUCUGUCAGAGACUUGUCAAUUGAAGAAGUUCAAGAAUUCAUUGACCAAACUAACAAGCAUUUGCCACAAGAAAAGCACAUCGAUAUUUCUUUGAUUAACGGUCCAAGAAAUUUGGUUGUUUCCGGUCCUCCAGAAUCUUUGUAUGGUUUGAAUGUUGCCUUAAGAAACAAGAAGGCUCCAUCUGGUUUAGAACAAUCUAGAAUUCCAUACUCUGAAAGAAAGUUGAGAUUCUCUAACAGAUUCUUACCAAUUUUCUCCCCAUUCCACUCUCACUUGUUACAAUCUGCCACUGAAUUGAUCCUUGACGAUUUGUCUAACAGUGACUUAGAAUGGGAUGCUUCUAACAUCAAGAUUCCAGUGUACGAUACUUUUGAUGGUUCUAACUUCCAAGACUACAAGGAAUCUGUCGCUGCUAGAGUCACCAAAUGUAUUACUCAAUUACCAGUUCACUGGGAAAAGGCUACUGCCUUCCAAUCCACUCACUUGUUGGACUUUGGUCCAGGUGGUGUCUCUGGUUUGGGUGUUUUGACUCAUAGAAUCAAGGAUGGUACCGGUUCUCGUAUUGUUAUUGCUGGUACUUUGGAUAACACCCCAGCUGAUGAUGAAUAUGGUUUCAAGCAAGAAAUUUUCAACCAAGACCCUGUCUCUGUCAAGUGGUCUGCCAACUGGUUGGAAGAAUUCCAACCAAAGUUAGUUAAGACUUCUACUGGUAAGGUUUAUGUUGACACCAAAUUCUCCAAGUUGUUAGGUAGAGCUCCAUUGAUGGUUCCAGGUAUGACUCCAACUACCGUCAACCCAGAAAUCAUCGCUGCUACCAUCAAUGCAGGUUACCACAUUGAAUUAGCUGGUGGUGGUUACUUCAAUGCUCCUUCUAUGGAAGCUGCCUUGAAUGAAGUUGCCAAGAACGUUACUCCAGGUUCCGGUAUUGGUAUCAACUUGAUUUACGUCAACCCAAGAAUGUUGCAAUGGGGUAUUCCAUUGAUCAAGACUUUGAGAGAAAAGGGAUUCCCUAUUCAAUCUAUGUCCAUUGGUGCCGGUGUUCCAUCUCUUGAAGUUGCCACUGAAUAUAUUGAAACCUUGGGUUUGACGCAUUUGGGAUUGAAACCAGGUUCCGUUGAUGCUAUUUCUCAAACAAUUGCUAUUGCAAAGGCUCACCCACACUUCCCUAUUGUUUUACAAUGGACUGGUGGUAGAGGUGGUGGUCACCACUCUUUUGAAGACUUCCAUCAACCAAUUUUGCAAAUGUACUCUAAGAUCAGAAGAUGUCCUAACAUUGUUUUGGUUGCUGGUUCUGGUUUCGGUUCUGAUGAAGACACCUACCCAUACUUGACUGGUUCUUGGUCUAAGGCUUUCAACUACCCUGCUAUGCCAUUCGAUGGUGUCCUCUUUGGCUCUCGUGUUAUGACUGCCAAGGAAGCACACACCUCCUUGGAUGCUAAGAAGGCUAUUGCCAACUGUGCCGGUGUUCCAGAUGACAAGUGGGAAAACACCUACAAGAAGCCAACUGGUGGUAUUAUCACCGUUAGAUCCGAAAUGGGUGAACCAAUCCAUAAGCUUGCUACUAGAGGUGUUAUGCUCUGGAAGGAAAUGGAUGACACCAUCUUCUCUUUACCAAAGAACAAGUUAUUGGACGCUUUGGCUAAGAAGAAGGAUUACAUCAUUGGUAAGUUAAACAAGGAUUUCCAAAAGCCAUGGUUCGGUAGAAAUGCCAAUGGUGUUUGUGAUUUGCAAGAAAUGACUUACGAAGAAGUUGCCUUGAGAUUAGUUGAAUUGAUGUACGUCAAGAAAUCUAACAGAUGGAUUGACCAAUCACUUAGAAACUUCUACGGUGAUUACUUGAGAAGAGUUGAAGAAAGAUUCACCACUAAGCAAAACGUUGAAUCCUUGAUUCAAAACUUUGCUCAAUUGCAAGAACCAUUCUCUGUCACCGAAAACUUCUUUAACACUUUCCCUCUUGCCAAAGAUCAAUUGAUCAGUCAAGAAGAUUGUGACUUCUUUUUGAUGCUUUGUUUCAGACCAUCUCAAAAGCCAGCACCAUUUGUUCCAGCCCUUGAUGAAAAGUUUGAAUUUUACUUCAAGAAGGAUUCUUUAUGGCAAUCUGAAGAUUUGGAAGCUGUUGUUGAUGAAGAUGUUCAAAGAACUUGUAUCUUACAUGGUCCAGUUGCUGCUCAAUUCACUAAUGAAGUUGACGAACCAAUCAAGGUCAUUUUGGACUCCAUUCAUGAUGGUCACAUUAGACGUUUGCUUGAAGAUGUUUACAACGGUGAUGAAUCUAAGAUUCCAACUGUUGAAUACUUCGGUAACAAGAUUCCAGUCCACUACGAAUCCUUGCCAGGUGUCUCCAUUGAAAAGUCUGGUUCCACUGAAACUUACACUAUUGGUACUACCUUACCUGAAACUACCAAGUGGUUUGAAUUAUUGGCUGGUGACAAGUUGAACUGGUUACAAGCUUUUAUUUCCAGUGAUAGAGUUGUUCAAGGUAUUAACCAUAUUGCAAACCCUGCUCAUGCUGUUUUGGCUCCUGCUGCUAAUGUUGUAGUCAAGGUUGAAAACCGUGACGACUCUUCUAAGACCAGGUUGACUGUCUACGAACCAUUGAACGGUGAUUUGAAGCCAGUUGUUGAAAUUAAGUUGAUUGAAAAGAACCAAAUUCAAUUCUCUUUAAUUGAACACAGAAAUGUCGACCAAGUAGCUGCUUACUUGCCAUUCUUGUUUGACUACAACACUGAAGAUGGUUAUGCCCCAAUCUUGGAAGUCAUGGAAGGUAGAAAUGACAGAAUCAAGGAAUUCUACUGGAAGGUUUGGUUCGGCGCGGAUGUUCCAUUCGACUUGAACAUUGACGUUGACAACCUCAUUCUUGGUGAAGAUCUCACUAUUACUGGUCAAGAUAUUUCUGAAUUCACUCAUGCUAUUGGUAACAAGUGUGAAGCAUUUGUUCCAAGACCAGGAAAGGUUACCUUUGCUCCAAUGGAUUUUGCUAUUGUUAUCGGUUGGAGAGCUAUCAUGAAGUCUAUCUUCCCAAAGAGUGUUGAUGGUGAUUUGUUGAAGCUUGUUCAUUUGUCUAAUGGUUACAAGAUGAAUGUCGGUGUCGAACCAUUGAAGAAGGGUGACAAGGUCUCAUCUAAGGCUAGUAUUAAAUCAGUCUUGAACCAACCUUCUGGUAAGUUGGUUGAAGUAAUUGGUACCAUCUAUAGAGAAGACGAAGCUGUUUUGGAAGUUACUUCUCAAUUCUUGUACCGUGGUGAUUAUGUUGACUUCGAGAACACUUUCAUGAAGACAACUGAAACUCCUGUCCAAGUUCAUCUUAAAUCUGCCAAGGACUUGGCUAUUUUGAGAUCCAAGGAAUGGUUCCACUUAGAAAGAGAAAUUGACUUGUUGGACCAAACUUUGACUUUCCGUUGCGAAUCCACUUACAAGUUUAAGAGUGCUAACGUUUACUCCUCAAUUGAAACCACAGGUGAAGUUUUUGUUGAAUUACCAACCAAGGAAGUUAUUCAAAUUGGUUCUAUUGAAUACGAAGCUGGUAAGUCUUUCGGUAACCCAGUUACUGACUACUUGUCUAGAAACGGUACUACCAUUGAAGAGGCUAUUAAGUUUGAGAAUGUCAUUCCAAUUUCUUCUGGUGAAGAAUUGACUUCUAAGGCUCCUGGUACUAACGAACCAUAUGCCAAGGUUUCUGGUGAUUACAAUCCUAUCCAUGUUUCUAGAGUCUUCGCUUCUUAUGCCAAGUUACCAGGAACUAUCACCCACGGUAUGUACUCUUCUGCCUCUAUCAGAUCUUUGGUUGAAGAAUGGGCUGCUAACAAUGUUGCUUCCAGAGUUCGUGCUUUCAAGAGUAAGUUCGUCGGUAUGGUUUUGCCAAACGAUACUUUGCAAACUACUUUGGAACAUAUCGGUAUGAUCAACGGUCGUAAGAUUAUCAAGGUCCAAACUAAGAAUGUUGAAACUGACACCCUUGUUUUGGAAGGUGAAGCUGAAAUUGAACAACCAAUUACUACUUAUGUCUUUACUGGUCAAGGUUCUCAAGAACAAGGUAUGGGUAUGGACUUGUACAAGUCUUCCGCUGUUGCUCGUGAAGUUUGGGACAAGGCUGACCGUCACUUUGUUAACAACUAUGGUUUCUCUAUUCUUGACAUUGUUAUCAACAACCCUAACGAAUUAACAGUUCACUUUGGUGGUGCCAAGGGUAGAAAGAUCAGAGAAAACUAUAUUGGUAUGAUGUUCGAAACUAUUGGUGAUGAUGGUUCUGUUAAGGCUGAAAAGAUUUUCAAAGAUAUCGACCACACCACUACUUCUCACACUUUCGUCUCUCCAACUGGUUUGUUAUCUGCAACCCAAUUCACUCAACCUGCCUUGACUUUGAUGGAAAAGGCUUCCUACGAAGAUAUCAAAUCUAAGGGAUUGAUUCCAACUGAUAUCAUGUUUGCUGGUCACUCUUUGGGUGAAUACUCUGCUUUAUCUUCUUUGGCUAACGUUAUGCCAAUUGAAUCUUUGGUUGAUGUUGUCUUCUACCGUGGUAUGACUAUGCAAGUUGCUGUUCCAAGAGAUGAACUUGGAAGAUCUAACUAUGGUAUGUGUGCUGUUAACCCAACCAGAGUUAACCCUACUUUCAAUGAUGCUGCUUUAAGAUUUGUUGUUGAUGAAGUUUCUGCCAAGACUGGUUGGUUAUUGGAAAUUGUCAACUACAACGUUGAAAACACUCAAUACGUUACUGCUGGUGACUUGAGAGGUUUAGACACCUUGACCAAUGUUUUGAAUGUGAUUAAGUUGAACAAGAUUGACAUUGUUAAGUUACAAGCUACCAUGUCCUUGGACCAAGUCAGAGAACAUUUGGCUGAAAUUAUCACUGAAGUUGCUGCCCAAUCUGUCGCUAAGCCUCAACCAAUCGACUUGCAAAGAGGUUUUGCCGUCAUUCCAUUGAAGGGAAUUUCUGUUCCAUUCCACUCUUCUUACUUGAUGUCUGGUGUUAAGCCUUUCCAAAGAUUCUUAUGUAAGAAGAUUCCAAAGUCAUCUGUCAAGCCAAAGGACUUGAUCAACAAAUAUAUUCCUAACUUGACUGCUAAGCCAUUUGAGAUAACCAAGGAAUACUUCCAAGAAGUUUAUGAAUUGACUAAGUCUGAAAAGAUUAAGAGCAUCAUUGACAACUGGGCAACUUACGAGUCUGCUUAAAUUACUCGCGAAUAUACACAAAUGGGAAUACUGAAUUUCAGCAAUUAAAUACGUGGUACUAUUUAAUUGUAUUAG